CUUUUCCUUUUCUUUGGUCGGUUUUCUCUGGGCAUUUUCUUUUGAUCAUUUUUUAUUCGAUUAUUAACCUGUGGCUCGCCUUUUCCACUCACUCCAAUUUCGAGUGAUCGGAUCUGAUCUCUUUUGCUCCGCGCGGCGAUAUCUGAAUGGAGUCCUGCCCAACAGUUAAAAGUAUUCUUCUCCUUGACUCUGAAGGGAAACGUGUAGCUGUCAAGUACUAUACAGAUGACUGGCCAACACUUUCUGCGAAAUUGGUAUUGGAGAAAUCUGUCUUUACCAAGACUCAGAAAACAAAUGCUCGAAAUGAAGCGGAGAUAAUUAUGUUCGAUGGUUACAUUGUUGUCUACAAGUUCAUUCAGGACCUUCAUUUUUUUGUUGUUGGAGGAGAUGAUGAAAAUGAGCUCAUCUUGGCAGCAGUUCUUCAGGGAUUCUUCGAUGCAGUUGGGCUGCUUCUCAGAAACAAUGUGGACAAGAAGACAGCACUUGAGAAUCUGGAUUUGAUCCUGUUAUGCCUUGAUGAAAUUGUGGAUGGAGGGAUCAUUUUGGAAACAGAGGGAAGUGUAAUUGCUGGAAAAGUUGCCACCAAUGGUUUGGACAGUGCAGGAUCGCUAACUGAGCAGACCAUAUCCCAGGCCCUUGCAACAGCACGUGAACACUUGGCAAGAUCUCUUCUUAAGUGAUGCAGUGGCAAGAUGCAAAUAUUUUAUCCUUUUUUGGGGGCGGGGGGGAGGGUAUCAAUGGUCCAUAGUCUUGUAAAAUGCACUUAUGUUCUACUGUUAUGGAUGGAUCCAUUGAUUUUGGUUAAUGUCGUGGAGAUGGAACUUACAGUAUCGACAGUGAUGUUAUGAGCAUAGUGGGCGUGUGGUGACUUGUCAUGCAGGCGUAACAACUGCUGUUGAUAAUCCCUAAUAAAAGGUGAGCUUGCAAUAAAGCGUUGGCAUAAUUAAGUGGCACUAAAUGGAAACUUUUGGGUGGACUUAUUAUGUUGUAUAAUCUUAUUUAGCCCCCUUCUUAGUUCAUAAUUAUGCAUCUUUAUAA